AUGACGGCGAAGGACUGGUCAUCGCGAAUUGUUCGGCUACACCAUCAAGAAGAGCUUAUUCAUCGAUCUCGGGCUACGUACAUCGGAAUCCGUCUACAUAUCUCGGAGGACGGAGCUCCUGAGAGUAGCCUGGCUUUCAAAUGCAGACGAGCAUACGUUCCAAACAGAUGCCCGUGUACGAAGCUACCACACCUAACAAUAUGCCUGUAUACCACGUUGGCAUGUCUUUCAUCGAAGCAACAAGAUACACAUGCCAUGAAAGCUAAUCUUACGACCUACAGCACUUUUCAAGCUCAAGGAAGAUGCUGAGCCCACGAAAGUACGGCAAUGGCAAACCAUGGCUCAGGGAAUGGUUGGACAGGUGCCAGGUACGUUCCUCUAGUCCAUCACUACAUCAGAGGCUGAUCUCGCAAAGGUCUGCUAGAUUUACAGGCCGCUCCACCGCUUGAGCUCACAGCCCCCAUGGCCAAGGGGUUUGACAUGGGCGUCGUGGUGGUACUGGAUUACCUCGAGAGCUUGGCGACAUUCUUCACUCAUCCAUCGCAUAAAGAGUAGGUUCGGGAUGCUACAGCUUAAAAAUCAGUGCUGACCCUUGGGCAGGGUGAACGUAUUGUACGAGCAGGUUUGCGACCACACAAGCACAGUGGGAUAUGAUAUAGAAUUUUAG